AUGAUUCACAGAAUAAGCCAAAAAGUUUUAAUUCCAGGUAUUUCACUAACCGAAGCGUACUCAGUCAAGGUCUCGGGUAAAGUGGAACUGGGCAGCCGACUGUCGAAGGUAUUCAAAGACUUGUACCAACAACUGGUAGAGGAAGAUGUUAACCCGAAAGACCCGAACAGCGAUGAAGCUGGAUCUAAAAUUCCUGCCAUGAGCGUAGGCAACAUCGAAAAUUCUGAUAGCUGUGAAGAUUCAAGCUCAUAUGUAGAUGAAAUGAAAAAAAUCAAAAAACGGAAGAAACAAAAACACCAUAAUAUGCACGAGUCUCACAGCGCCCAGGACAAAACUUUGAAGAGCGGUUUGGAGGAACUACAUCUAUACGGUUACCACAAGUCCCCGAAUAAAGUCGAUAAUGAUCGUGGCAAGCCUUUGAAUAAUGUACACAUAUAA